AUGGGUAACCAGUACCAUAAACCAGUCCGUCAAGGUGAUUCUCCUUAUACUCGAUCUGGUGUCCCACCACCGGCGAUUUUGAAAAAGUCGGGUUCGGAUGCACCAUCGCACAGAAUCAACGAUCCAAUGAGUUUGGAAUUGCAUAUGGCCGAUGAGAGGGUUCGAGCCGCCGGUUUGACACCUGCGGAAAGGGAGUGGCGAAUGUUGGCUUUUUGA